AUGGGCACAUUGAGGCCUGUUGGACACUCUGUGGACGAGAGCGGACCAAAGGCUCAUGUCAAAAAGAACCGCAUCUGUGCAUAUCUUGUAUGCAUGAUUGUGGCGUUUGGACAUGCAGCAUCGAUCGAGCUCGAGAUGCGUCGUGGGGAGCGGUGCAACGCACAAUUCGCCGAUGUAAUCAUGACAGAGGCGAAGUACCGAAGAAUGCUAGGCGCAAGAAGGAGAACGCUUUCAGAGAGGCAAGUCGUGAGCAGCCAUAGGGCGGGACGCAACCGAAGCGUGCAGAAUAAGCUCUUGCCGCAUACAACUUGGUGCAGGGGACAGAAGUAUCAAACCAUGAUCGACAGCGCUGAUCAUGGCGCAUGA